AUGGCGGGAUUGGAUAUUGUACAUCAGCGACUGUUGGACGAAUGGCGACAAGAAUCGAGACGAGACCUUUCUCAACUGGAAAUGGUGCUGAAGAGUGCUGAAAUGGAAGUUGAAUGCAGGAAGCUGAUGGCAGAGUGGAAUAAGGAACCGAAAAAUCUAGGAGCUAUUGGAGUCAGACUAAAACGGAUAAAGGAAUUAAUGAACAACAGGAACGCUUUACGUGGUCUUACCCAUAAUGAUUUACUUAUGAUUCAUCGAGAUGUUUUCGAGAUAGAUGCACUGUGUGCAGUACUCAGGUCUGAUCUCGACUCAUUCCGUGAAGCCAUCACUGUUCUCAUCAAUUUUUACAAUUCUUAUGGUUCAAACGAAGAGUGGCCAAAUAAAUGGUUGAUGAUCGGCUUAGAUCUUAUGUUCCUUUUGGCUACCAAUCAACACAUUGAAUUCCACAUGUUAUUGGAGCAGAUUGAUCAAGAGAUCCAGCAAAAGAAUCCGUAUAUUAAGAUACCUAUGAAAUUGGAGCAAUCGCUUACUGAAGGUGCUUAUCAUAAGAUAGUGCUAACGGAAAAGAAUAUUCCCAGCCCCUACUACGCAUUAUUUAUACGUAUAUCAAUGGACACAGUACGGGAUGAAAUAGCUGUAUGUAUGGAGCACUCAUUUAUAAAAAUAUCGCAACGAGAUGCUGCACGAUUACUUUUGUUUAAUGAUGUCAAUGAAGUGAUAUCUUUUGCCGAAAAGCGUGGCUGGAGAAGCAGUAUAUGUGGUAGCAGUAUUACGUACGUAUUUGAUCACGCACAAGUCCAUGUGGAGCCACGGUUAGAUACUAAAAGGAUCGCCGUGCAAACUAUUUUUUAUGCAAAGCAACUCGAAAUGAUCGUAUAA